AUGGAAAGUGGUCAAAAUAUCUCUCCUCGCAAAGAUGAGUUGGCUGCGCAGGCUCAAGUCCUUUCCACCUCACCCACAGCUUCAUUCCACUCUCUCUCAAGCCAGGCUUCUACUCUCCAACGGAUUAUCCCCAUGGGCAAUGCCAAGCACUCCAAGCCAUUUUCGGCCGGGAAUAUCAAGGUCCUACUGCUGGAGAAUGUGAGCCAGACUGGCCGAGAUAUCCUGUCUGCGCAGGGCUACCAAGUGGAAUUCGUCAAGUCUUCGCUCCCCGACGAUCAGCUCAUUGAGAAGAUUCGCGACGUUCAUGUAAUCGGCAUUCGUUCGAAGACUAAGCUCUCUAAGCAUAUUCUGAAGGAGGCCAAGAACCUGGCCGUCAUCGGAUGCUUUUGCAUCGGUACCAACCAGGUCGGCCUUCAGUAUGCCACCAAUCAUGGCAUUGCAGUCUUCAACUCGCCAUUCAGCAACUCCCGCAGUGUUGCAGAGCUAGUUAUUGGAGAGAUAAUUGCCCUCGCACGCCAGUUGGGCGACCGCUCAAGCGAAAUGCACAACGGAACCUGGAACAAAGUGAGUAGCAGGUGCUGGGAGAUCCGAGGCAAGACAUUGGGUAUCGUCGGAUAUGGUCACAUCGGUGCCCAGUUGUCCGUAUUGGCAGAGUCUUUGAGUAUGUCGGUCAUAUUCUACGACGUGCUCAACCUGAUGCCCCUCGGAACGGCCCGUCAGGCCGAGACAUUGGAUGCUCUGUUGGCCGAGGCUGACUUUGUAACUUGCCACGUGCCCGAGCUCCCCGAGACAAAAGACAUGUUUGGUCCAAAGCAAUUUAACCAAAUGAAGGCAGGAAGUUACCUGAUCAAUGCAAGCCGUGGCACAGUGGUUGAUAUCCCUUCGCUCAUUGCUGCCAUGCGAAGUGGCAAGGUUGCAGGUGCUGCGCUGGAUGUAUACCCAAACGAGCCCACCGGGAACGGCGACUACUUCAACAACGACCUCAACAACUGGGGAGCUGAUUUACGUUCCCUCAAGAACCUAAUUUUGACACCCCACAUUGGAGCCAGCACCGAGGAGGCCCAAAGUGCGAUUGGCGUCGAAGUUGCCCAGGCUCUGACCCGUUACGUCAACAAAGGUACCACCCUGGGUGCUGUUAACCUGCCCGAAGUUAUCUACAUUCAUAUGAACAUUCCUGGCGUGCUGAGAAAGGUGAACGAAAUCAUUGGCGACCAUAAUGUCGACAAGCAAAUGACCGACAGCAGAGGCGACGUUGCUUACUUAAUGGCUGAUAUCAGCGAUGUGGACACAGCCAACAUCCAGAGCCUGUAUGAGAGACUCGACAGACUUCCCUCUCGAAUCUCAACCCGCAUUUUGUACUAG